UUGUAUAUAAUCGUAACAUUACACAAUUUCCAUGUGUAGUGUUCAAAUAGUCUGUAGAAUUCCUUCACUCCGCGUCACUAGAGGGCAAUGUGGUUCGCCCCAUGCCCACUAACCCAUACGGAGCGAAGUAAAAAAAAAAGUGGCUAGUUUAGCUAGCUUGAGCAAGCACCAAUUCGUUGAAUAUGGCUGCUGUGCUCCCGCCGAGACCACCGUGCGACAGCAACCCUGCCACCCCCGGGGCACAGUCACUAAAGGAGGAUAUAACAGAAGAGGAGUCUAAUGAUGGCAGCCAACCCCCUAAACGGCGGAGAAUGGGUUCAGGAGAUAGUUCACGAAGCUGUGACACCUCCAGCCAAGAAUUUGGUCCAACAUAUUUCCCAGCAGAGAACCUGACAGAGUAUAAGUGGCCACCGGAUGAUACAGGAGAGUAUUACAUGUUGCAAGAGCAGGUCAGCGAGUAUCUGGGAGUCACGUCCUUCAAGAGGAAGUACCCUGAUAUGGAACGGAGGGACCUGUCACACAAAGAGAAGCUUUACCUGCGUGAACAAAAUGUAAUCACAGAGACGCAAUGCACUUUGGGCCUAACAGCUUUGCGGAGUGAUGAGGUGAUUGACCUAAUGAUAAAAGAGUAUCCCUCCAAACAUUCAGAAUACUCGGUCAUUCUGCAGGAGAGAGAGCGACAGAGAAUAGCUAAAGAGUACUCUCAAAUGCAGCAGCAGAACCCUCAGAAGGUGGAGGCCAGUAAGGUUCCUGAGUACAUUAAGAAGGCAGCCAAAAAGGCGGCAGAGUUCAACAGUAACUUUAACAGGGAGCGAAUGGAAGAAAGGAGAGCCUACUUUGACCUCCAGACACACGUUAUCCAAGUGCCCCAGGGCAGGUUUAAGGUUCUUGCUCCAGAACUGUCCAGGACGGGGCCCUACCCUGUUGCUCUCAUACCAGGACAGUUCCAAGACUACUACAAAAGGUACUCUCCCAAUGAGCUGCGAUACCUGCCUUUGAACACCGCCCUGUUUGAGCCCCCAUUGGAUCCAGAACUCCCUGCGCUGGACUCGGAUCCUGACUCGGAUGAUGGAGACGAUGACAAAAAGAACAAGAAUUCUUCUGACAGUUCAUCAGGCAACACGUCAGACGUAGAAAGUCAGGAGGGAGGAGGCCACAAGUCCAAGGCCAAAGACAGGACGUCUACGCCGGGCAAAGACCGCCACACUGCCUCUCACAAAGCCACCCCCGGGUACAAGCCUAAGGUCAUUCCCAAUGCUAUAUGUGGCAUUUGCCAGAAGGGUAAAGAGGCCAACAAGAAAGGCAAACCAGAGGCUCUCAUUCACUGCUCCCAGUGUGUUAACAGUGGCCACCCGUCUUGCCUGGACAUGAGUGAGGGUCUGGUGCGUGUGAUCCAGACAUACCGCUGGCAGUGUAUGGAGUGUAAGACGUGCACCGUGUGCCAGCAGCCCCACCAUGAGGACGAGAUGAUGUUCUGCGACAAGUGUGACCGAGGCUUCCACACUUUCUGUGUGGGCAUGGACUCCAUCCCUAGAGGUCUUUGGGUGUGUGAGGUGUGUGACAAAAAUUUCAACACACCCAAGAAGAAAGGGGGAGUGAAAACGCCCAAAAAGGCCAAAUCAGCGCAGAAAUGACACCUCUGAAGACCAAAUCCUACUUUUUUGUUACUUGUGUUUUUUUGGGAGAUCCACUAUAAUUUCAACUUAAAACACCCCUCAUCACAAACUCUUGCUGACCUGCAGAAGUUGGGUUGGUCUCGUACUUUCCUUCCUGUUUUUUGUUUGCUCGGUGUGGAACAUUUGCAAAAAUCCAAACAAGCCUGUUCCUUAUACUACAUUACUAAUUAAUUGGUUUGUAUUCAGUCAGCAUGAGAACUUCACUACAUUUCCUUGAUCAUCAAUUGCUAUUUUUCCGUGUUUUUUAAACUCUUGUUUCAAUAUCAGCGUCAUAUAUUAAGAAAUAUCAUGUUGCCCAGAGAAGUUGCCGUAGCUGAUGUCGUGUUAUCCUAAGAAAGCACACCAGUAUGAGGCUGAAUCAGCACCGCCUCUGCUUCUUGUAGCCAAGUAUAGCCCUCCAUUUGUCCCGGUUGCUUCAAGGCAAUUGUUUCCACACAACCCACUGAAGCAAGACAUGAAUGACUUUCCCUCACAUAUGACCUCCUGUCUGUUAUUCCCCUCAUAACUGGGACAUAUUGGUGGCUUUUCCCAGAACACGACUCCCCAUUGAGGCUUGUUUUGAUUUUUGUUAAAAGUUUUAAAAGUCAUCACAUAUGGCAUUACUUACUGUACUCGUCUUUGUGUCCUGCAACUCCAUCUGAUGUCAAUAUGACUUUUCAACAGUUCAUCAUUCUGUCAUAAGCAAUUUUUGGGAUGAACAAGUGGUGCUCUUACUAAUAUUAGGUUAGAGUGAAUUUCAAUGUUUUGGUUAUCUUGAUGAUGUAGUCAAACUUUAAGCAAACAUCUUCAAUUCUGCCAUGGUGCUAAUGGUGUGUUGGUUUUUUUUUGUCAUGAAAUGUAGUUUUCUGUCUUGCUUAAUUUUGUUAAUCUUCCACUGGUCUUAUAUUGUAAUGGUGCCUCUGACUGCAACAAGUCUUGUUUUUUUGUAAAAGCAACAGUAAAUCUCAUAUUUUUGCAUUAGACUUCAAAAUAAAGGUAUUUUUCUAGUGUUCUGUUUAAUAAAGGUACUGUAGUGAGUAGUAAAUGGUCAUUUCAUAGUCACUGAAUGUCUUUGUUGUUUUUUUUUAAUAGUACAUUGUUUUUGUUGACAAGAUGAGCUGUGU